AUGGCGUCCUUUUUACGAGCCAAACAGAGCGGUGUUGCGACCGACCUGUCUGCCGGGCUGCUACCAGGGAGUUUUAACCCUGACGAGCUGGCCAGAUAUGGGAUCAACUCCCAGGUUAGGUACGCUCCUCCCCUUCUUUUUUUUUUUUUUUUUUGUUUCCCAUCCCUUCAUCUCGUCGGCCAGAAGACAAAUCUAACGGGAUAUGUUUGGGGGAUAAUCAGUUGUUUAGCCUACGACCCGACCCGAUCCCUCCUCGCGGUCGGCACAUCCCCAUCGACCUUUUCUCCCAGGGGGAAAAUCUACGUCUUUGGUCGUGACCGCGUCCAUCGGAUCCUCCAACCUCCCAAUCCCUCCGGGGGGGUUUCCUAUCGACAGCUCGCCUUUGUGAAUCAUUCGUUGGUGUCACUUGAUUCGAACAACGAGGUUGCCUUGUGGGAUUUGGAGACUUGCACCCAGACGUCAAAGUACAGUUACGUUAAAGUUUCUAGUUUGGUCACUGAUCCUGCUCUUGACUGGGCUUUUGUUGGGUCGGCGUCUUCUUCGGGGGAUGUGCAAGUUUAUGACCUUGACCGAGCGAGGCCGGUGCCGUUCCGGUUGGGGAAUUUGGCGAAGGAGGUUUACCCGAGGGAGAUGAUUGGGGAUCGGGCGGGGGUGGCGGCUAUGGCGAUGCAUCCGAGGGAUAUCGGGAAGCUGGCUGUGGGGUAUGCCGGGGGGGUGGUGGGGGCCUAUAGUUUUAAGAUGGGGGCCGCGCAGAGGUGGUAUGAAUCCGCCGCCGGCUGGGGCCCCGAUGAUGAUGAGGGGAAUGGGGUGAUGGUUUUUUGGGAUGUGAAGGAGGGGAGGGUGGUUGGGGUGAGGGAUGUUUAUGGGUCGUUGGAUGAUCUGGAGGGGGAUAGGAGGGAUAGGGUGCCGUUGGGGAGGGUGAAGUGGGCUUGUAAGGGGAACAAUCCGGAUGAUACUGGGUUGGUGGUGCAGGGGGGGUGGUAUAGGGGGGAGCAGCAGAGCGGGAAGAGGGGGAUAAGUUUUCUUGAUUUGGGGCCUACGCCGGUUUAUGCAACGAGUUCGUGGGAGGUUUUGGGGGGGUACGUCAAGGGGAGGGGGGAGAGGGUGGUGAUGGAGAUGCCGCCGGGCGCAGAGGUGGUGGAUUAUGUGUUGAUCCCUAGACAGAGUCCGUAUUUUGAUGGGGCGCAGGAUCCGCUUGCGGUUAUGGCCAUGUUGAGCUCUGGGGAGUUGAUUACUAUGAGUUUCCCGUCCGGGUGGGCGAUCAGUCCGACGAACAUGCUGCAUCCGAGCUUGUCGUUUGUGCACCCGUUUGUGCAGAGGAUUGGGGUGGCGAGUGUGGGGAGGGAGAGGUGGUUGGGGAUGGUGGAAAAGAGGAGCCAGGGGGAGGCGAUACUGAAGGGGGGGAAGGGGGGCAAUACGAGGAGGAAGAUGGUGGAUGUGAGGAAUGUGAUUUUGGUGGCGCACGCGGAUAGCACGGUGAGGAUUUGGGAUGUCGGGUUUGCGGACGAGGUUGAGAACCCGGGGCAGUUGCAGGUUGAUGUGGCGAGGGCGGUGGGGAGGUUGGACGAGGUUGAGAACCCGGGGCAGUUGCAGGUUGAUGUGGCGAGGGCGGUGGGGAGGUUUGAGGAUGUGAGUGUCAGUGAGGUGCAUAUGGCCGAGGGGACGGGGGAGUUUGCCGCGGGGACGAAGACGGGGGAGGUGGUGGUUUACAAGUGGGGGGUUAAUAAGUUUCAUGGGAGGGAUGCGACGACGGCGCUGGAUCCAAAGCCUGGAGGACUGACGGAUAUCAGUACGAGGGCUGAGCCUUCACUCAAAGAGGGUCUUCAACCCUUUGUGCUCUACGAGAUGGCACAAGGUCCCAUCUCGGCGCUUUGCGUCUCAGACGUAGGGUUCAUCGCAGUCGGAUCAGAAGGAGGACACUUCAGCAUAAUCGACCUCCGCGGCCCAUCCGUCAUCUACACCUCCCCAGUGACCGAGUUCAUCACCCAAGAAAAGAAGUCCUUCUCCCUCAAGAAAUCCUCCUCCUCCCACAACAAGUUGGAAUUCCCCACGGCUAUUUCCUUUGGCGUCAUGACACUCGAAGGAGACAGCUACUCCUCCAUCUGCUGCUUCGUCGGCACAAACCUAGGCCACAUUGCGACGUUCCGCCUCUUGCCGUCAGGGCAAUCUUACACGGCAAAACCCGCCGGCUUCAUCAAGACCUCAGCCGACAGGGUCAUUUCCCUCAGCCCGAUCAACUCGGAAACUGGCUCCCCGGCCACAGCAACGGGGCAGUCGGUCGCUGGUUUGAGGUCAAACGUCCAAACCCCCGGCGUUUUAGUCGCCGUAACCCAAUCCGAAAUCCGGAUUUUCAAACCCUCCACCAACAAGGGCGCGUCCAAAUCUUUUGACGACCAGCUUUGCGACUCUGCCAGAGUCAUCCACCCGCCUAAUCUCCCACCGUCGGUUGUCUGUCUGUUCGGUGACCGCACCACAAGGGCGUAUUCCAUCCCGUCGCUCAAAGAAGUCGGCCGCGCAAGUUUGUCCAUGCUGGACCCCUCCCGGACGCUGUCGUGCGUGAUAUCAAAAACGGGAGAGCUGAUAGCGUGGAACGGACCGUCUGAGAUUGCAGUCAUGCCCGUUUAUGGGAGCGGUAAAGGGCUCCCUGUGUCGACGGAUAGUUUGAUUUCGCCCGAGAGGACACUACCCCCCAGACCGACGAUUUCGAAUCUUCAGUGGAUCUCGGGGACGCAAUAUGUCAGUCCGACGGAUUUGGAUUUGUUGAUCGGGGGGGAGGGGAGGCCGCCUUCGAAGAGGGUGGUGAGGGCUGAGGAGGUGGAGCGUGCUGCUGCUGGUGGUGGCGGGUACGGCGGGAGCCGUAGCCAGCAACAACAAGAGGGCUGGGGAGAUUAUUUGGUCAGGCAGGUGAAUGAGAGGACGGAGAAGCUCAGCUUUGUGGACGAUGCGAUGAUGAAGCUGCAGGAGGCGAGCAGCGGGUGGGCGGAGGAUGUCAACAAUACGGUCAAGGAGCAGAAGAGGGGGUUGUUACUGGGGGGGUUGAAGAAGAGUUUCUUUUGA